CUGCCUGCCUGCUCUAAUUUUGACCCUCUUUUCUCCCCACCUUUCUGUGACGUGGAGCAACUACGGACAACUUUAGAGAGCCUUGCGCAGCGCUACAGCACAAGUGCUACCACCACCGCCAUACGUCUGACGCAAUUGCCUUUCCACAGCAGCAGCCAUGGAUCCACAGGAUUCACCAAAAUACAGAUAGGUAGCGAUAUGUUGGUCGACUCCGAUUACGAUGAGAAACAAUCCUUCAAUGACGACAACGACCCCGUCGCCAUCAUAACACCAGAGGAGGAGACCGCCAUGGAGGACGACCGGGAUGCACCCGUCGAGUCUGCAUUGCCACUGGCAGACGAUCAUGAGGCUAUGAUCAAACGAUACAUGCCUGCGAGUCCCGAAUGUGAAACAUUGGCCGAGGCAAAAUACACCUGGGACAUACAAAAUUGGCGACAGUUACCCAAACGGACAACAGGUCCUGUGUUUGAUUGCGGCGGGAGCCCUUGGCGCGUAUUAUUUUUCCCUGCUGGAAAUGGAGAUAAUGAGAAUGUCUCCUUCUACCUGGAGCAGGGAUUUGGAGAGGAGAAACCGCCAGAGGACUGGUAUGCUUGUGCGCAGUUCAUGUUGGUACUCUCCAACCCAAACGAUCCCACACUCUACCUCCAACACACUGCCAAUCACCGCUUCACGGCAGAAGAAGGCGAUUGGGGUUUUACUCGGUUCGCCGUCAAGACGCGCAUCUUUGCAGCAAAUUUCGACAAACACGAUCGUCCUCUAGUCGAGAAUGAUUGCGCGCGCAUGACCGCAUAUGUUCGUGUCCUCAAGGAUCCCACAGGAGUCCUCUGGCACAACUUUGUCAAUUACGACAGCAAGAAGGAGACGGGCAUGGUUGGAUUACGGAAUCAAGGCGCCACAUGCUAUUUGAACUCGCUUCUUCAAUCACUAUAUCUCACAGGCGCAUUCCGAAAGGCGAUAUACCAGAUUCCCACGGACGACGAGGAAGAGAAAGCAGGCUCAAAUUCAGCAUAUGCUCUGCAACGGUUAUUUUAUCGUCUACAAACCGACCCGGUCGCGGUCUCGACUGCUGAACUCACACACUCCUUUGGUUGGGAGAGUCGACAAAUUUUCGAACAACAGGACGUGCAAGAACUCUCUCGAAUUCUUAUGGAGAAGAUGGAGACCCGCAUGAAAGGCACUGAAGCAGAGAAUGCUUUACCCAACAUGUUUGUGGGAAAAAUGAAAACCUACCUCAAAUGUAUCAACGUCGAAUACGAAAGCAGCCGCAUUGAGGAUUUCUGGGACUUGCAGCUCAACGUUUCGGGAUGCAAAAGUCUCGACGACAGCUUCCGGGACUACGUGCAAGUUGAAACCUUGGAAGGGGAAAACAAAUAUCAGGCCGAAGGAUUUGGUCUGCAAGACGCAAAGAAAGGCGUCAUUUUCGAAAGCUUUCCGAACGUCCUUCACUUGCAACUGAAACGAUUCGAGUACGACUUCCAACGGGACGCGAUGAUGAAAGUCAACGACCGAUAUGAAUUUCCGGAAGUUUGGGAUGCUUCACCUUACCUCGACGAGUCGGCGGACAAAUCAGAACCAUACAUCUAUCACCUACACGGCGUAUUAGUGCACUCGGGUGAUCUGAAUGCUGGUCAUUAUUAUGCAUUCCUGAAGCCUGAAGAGAAUGGUGACUUCUACCGUUUCGACGAUGAUCGAGUCACUCGGGCGACCAAACGCGAAGCUAUCGACGACAACUUUGGCGGAGAUUAUGGAGCAUCACCUGGCACAAAGGGUCAAAACCCUUACACGCGGCAAUGGUCAACCAAACGGUCCAACAACGCAUACAUGCUGGUCUACGUCCGGGAAAGUCGAGUGAACCAAAUCAUUCUCCCUCUAGAUGCCGUUCAACCACCUGAGCACCUCCCAAGUAGAAUCGCGGAGGAGCGAGCUGCUACAGAACGUCGUCGGAAGGAGAAGGAGGAGGCUCAUCUGUACAUGAAUGUCUUGGUCGCUUCUGAGGCGAAUUUCAAAUCGUACCGAGGGACCGAUUUGAUCCCAUGGAGUCUGGACGAUGUCAAUGACCCGGCCGUUCCAUCGCAGCACCGGGUCUUGCGAAGCACCACUGUUGCCGACUUUACUACUUAUAUUGCUCAACAGCAAGGCAUCGAUCGGGAUUUGAUUCGUCCUUGGAUCAUGGUGAAUCGGCAAAAUGGUACCGUGCGACCCGAUCAUCCACUCAUGUGGGCUGAUAUGACCCUGCAAGAAGCAUCGGACAAGUUCAGCACCCGGACUGCCAGUUUCCGAGUUUUCAUAGAAGAGACACACCGCGAUGCAGACGGCGUCCCGGUAUGGUUGAACGAUGAAGCCAUCCCAGCAGCACCGACGAUCGCAGGAGGUGUACCACAAUCUCACAAGCCUAUCAUCAUUUUCCUCAAGUAUUUCGACGUCGAUCAGCAGUCCCUCCAGGGUGUGGGUCACAUUUACAUGAACCAGCUGGACAAAGUGCAAGAUCUCGCGACACCAAUCUUGGAACUGAUGGGCUGGGAAGCCGGUCAAGUCAGCAUCGAGUUGUUCGAGGAGAUCAAGCAGAAUUACGUGGAGCCUAUGAAGCCCAAACAAACUCUACUUGCAUCGGAAAUUCAGGAUGGAGAUAUCAUUUGCUUCCAAAGACACCUCAGCGAUGAAGAAAAGGAGGCCUCACGACAGACUAACCCUACCGCGUCUCUCACCGCACCGGCUUACUAUGAUUACCUACUGAACCGCAUUUUUGUCAACUUCACACCCAAAGUCAUUCCGGUGGCUAACCUUGAAUUGCAAAAUGAAGCCGACGACAAAUUCACCCUUGCCCUGUCGAAGAAGGAUACAUAUGAUGCUAUUGUACAAAAAAUUGCUGACCAUCUCACUUCUGUCAAUGCCACUCCUGUCGAUUCUUCACAUAUCCGCUUGACGACGACCAAUUCUCAAACAGGCAAACCGCGUACAGUCGUCAAACGCCAACAGGCCGCAACUGUGAACACCAUCCUUCUCGGCACCAGCGCAUACGGUGGUUACGGCUACAACAGCAACACAUCCACACAGGCUCCUGACCACCUCUUCUAUGAAGUCCUCGACAUGAGCCUCGCCGAUCUGGAGCAACGCAAGAAUGUCCGCAUCAUCUGGCUUUCCGAAGGCAUCACCAAAGAAGAGCCGAUUGACAUUCUCGUGCACAAACAAGCCCAAUUUUCCACCGUCCAAGAGAGCCUCAUCAAACGCCUCGAAGCCACCGCCACAGCUGCCGCAACCGCUGCGACCCCCAACACGCCCGAUACCGCUACUGCUCCAUCUCCCACGACCGCGACCUCCCAACAACCGUCCACAUCUGCCAUCGCCGCCACCACCAGUCCCACUCCGUUCGCCCCACCCAACAUCCGCUUCUACGAAGUCCACUCCAACAAGAUCUACAAAACCCUGCCCCUCACCCACGCCGUCCUCGGCGUCAACGAAUUCCUCACCAUCUACGCCGAACGCAUUCCCGCGGACGAAUACCCCUACGUGCAAGAGCAGAUGCUCAAAGACCUCGGCGCCCUCGACAGCGGGAGUUCCCUCCCACCAGGAGACCGUCUCAUCCACGCCUUCCACUUCGAAAAGGAGCCCACCAAACCCCACGGCGUCCCCUUCGUGUUCCUGAUGAAGGCCGGCGAGGUCUUCAAGGAGACCAAGGAGAGGCUGAUGAAGCGCACGGGCAUCAAGGGGAAAAACUUCGAGAAGAUCCGUUGGGCGGUCGUCAAGGGCGCUACCAACCCCGGGAGGACAGUCUGGAUCGAAGACGAUGACAUCCUCUCCGACAAACUCCGCCCUGAAGAUCAGCUCGGCCUGGAACAUCCCAACCGUACGAGGAACAACUGGAUCCGCUAUGAGAGCUUGAAUAUUCGAUGAUUGGUCGAUUUCGAUCUCGAUCUUCCCGUCGUCGUCGUCGGCAGAGAUGACUUUGGGUGCGAAGCUAGAGGACGAGGUGAUUUGGCUUUGAGAGGAGGGAGGGAGGGACGUGUGG